AUGGCUCAGAGCAAUCGCGCCGAAGUGCUUGUUAUUGGCGCCGGCCUGUCGGGUCUCACGGCUGCUUCAGAACUGCAUCGUCAAGGCAUUGAUGUCAUUGUACUUGAGGCUUCAUCUAAUGUGGGCGGUAGAGUCAGCUCCGUGACUACAAGUCUCGGGUCCCAUCUGGAUCUUGGAGGGCAAUGGAUCGGACACGGACACCAUCGCAUCACUGCCCUGGUAGACAAGGCGAGAGGUACGACAUAUCAGACAUUCUCACGCGGUUUACCAAGAAUUGUUCACGAAGGUCGCUCGGUGUCUCUCUUUUCUCCGUCGGUACUUUUCGCCACCAUCUAUCUCAUUUUUCUCGACUUGGCGAGCAGGAUUUAUGUUCCGCGUGGCUGGAUCGAAAUUUCAGUGGAGCAAGCAAUUGCAGCAUUUGUACCUUUUGAAAUCGCUGCACAACUCCUUCGUCUCCUCGUUGCAGUGUCUUCUACCACGGAAUUGAGCAUUUUCUCGGUCUACAAUUUUGCAAAGUCGAUCCCUCUAUCCGGGGGCUUAUCGACGAUGCUACGGACACAAGGGGGAGCUCAAGACCGUUUGGUGGUGGAAUCUAUGGGCAUUACCACAUCUAUGUUAGCCAACGAGCUCCCUCGGAAAAUUUUAACCGGCAUGCCGAUCACAAACGUUUCCCAAGAUCGAGAAAAUGGAGUGACUGUACGUACAGCGUCGGGCGAACAGUUCUAUGCUGAGAAAGCGAUCAUCACGGUUCCGCCGCCAAUGUUGAAAAACAUCACGUUCAGUCCUCAAAUGCCCCCCGAACGCAUAGCGCUUCAAGAGAAUACUCGUAUGGGCGUCGUCUACAAAGCCCUUGCGGUUUUCGAGCAACCCUUCUGGCGUGAAGGAUUAGGUGGCGAAUUCCUUGUGCUUGAUGAUCCCGCAUGCGGAGUCUUCGAUUCUUCGUCGCCUGGAGGCCCUGGACAUUUGUGUUUCUUAGUCGCCGGCACCCCUGCACGCCAGCUCGACACGCUCGACACGAAUGUGCGGCGCGAGAUGCUGUUGUCUCGACUCGUCCCGCAUCUUGGGCGUCGAGCACUCCACCCUGUGGACUGGCACGAAAAAGCCUGGCAUUUAGACGAAUUCUGCGGUGGUGGGUAUUUGGCGUAUGGCGUCGUUGGCACUAGUGAUGGGCUUUUGCCGAUGCCUCAUAAGCCGAUCGGAAAUUUGCAUUGGGCAGGAACAGAGACAGCACAGGAGCAUCCUGGAUAUCUCGAAGGAGCCGUACAGUCGGGCGAGCGUGCCGCCCGUGAAGUCGCAUGUACUCUUCGUGGAGCGCACACUGACAAGCAAGAAGAAUCAUUAUGA